GCUUGUCAUCUCUAGUUGGUAUGCGCGGAGUGAAAUAAAUCAAAGUAAUUUCCGUCGGUCGCUGAAAAUAUGGAUCGCACUUUCUACGAAGGCUGGCUAAUUAAGUCGCCGCCCACAAAGCGCAUUUGGCGAGCACGUUGGCGGCGUCGCUGGUUCACUUUAAAGCAGGGCGAGAUACCCGAGCAGUUCUGCCUCGAAUACUACACCGACCACAACUGCCGCAAGCUGAAGGGCGUCAUCGAUUUGGAUCAGUGCGAGCAGGUGGACUGCGGCCUGCGACUGGAGAAUCGCAAGCAGAAGUUCCAGUACAUGUUUGACAUCAAGACGCCCAAGCGCACCUACUACCUGGCGGCCGAAACAGAGGCGGACAUGCGCGACUGGGUGAACUGCAUCUGCCAAGUGUGCCAUCUGCACGACACCAAGCAGUCGAACGAGCUGCCCCUAGGAGCGGUAAGCUCAGACGAGAACCGCACCCAGCACACAAGCUCCAGUGGCGGGCUGAGCAACUCCACCCAGAACACGACCACCACUUCGCUGCACUCCUCGGCCGGAACCACGGCGGCCCAAGUAGGAGCGGCCCCAAUGCGACGACCGGCGGUCAUUGAGCAGCAGCCGCUGCCUUCCAGUGCGGGCAACAACAACUCGGACUCGGUGUACGUCAACACGGAGUACAGCAACCGUGAGACAAUGCUCUGCGACGCCAACUUCGACCAGCAGGAUCUCCUGUCGGCAGCCCAACAGCAACCGCCUCCGUCGCCGGCCACUGCCUUGUAUCUGAACCACAGUGCUCUGAUCCAGGCCCAGGCGGCAGCAGCAGCCGCCGAGCAGCAGCAGCAGCUGCAGCAGGCCGCCCGUAUGGCGGUCAGCGCCAACGGAGUGGUGCGGAAGCUGCCGGAGCACUUGGUGCUCACACAGCAAACCCUGGCGGAGGCGGCUGAGAAGCAACACAGCAGCGUGCAGGCCUCGCCCGCCCUGAGCACCGCCUCCGGACCCUACAUUGCCAUAAGCGAGUGCUUCUCGGGCAGCCCGAGAUUCCUGCCCGGCAGCGCGCCUCCCGGAGGAGCAGAUGUGGCCAUACCAAACAACCCCACCACGCCGUUGAACAACUUGGACCCCAAGUUCUACGACACGCCGCGCAGUCAUAACAACAUCGGUCUGAACCUGACCAACGAUCAGUCGUACUCCCCCAAGAUCACGAAUUUGAGUCUGCAACAACUGGCCAAUGCCAACGCUAGCAAACAGCGAUCUGAUUCCGAUUCGGAGAGCGUUUUCACCGACGACGACGAGUGGGCUCAUCCGCUGCCCCUGCGAGAGAAUGUGGAUCGAAGCACCCGACCCUCGGACAGUUCCAUUGAGAACGAGUCGUUUGUGGUGACCUACUCGCAGCGAUUCUCCAAAAUGCCCGACGAAACUGGACCCGGACUGCCGGCGGCCGAGAAGAACUCAAAGUUGGCGGGAGCAGCGUCUCUGGCAGAGGCUGGUGACCCACGAACGCUGGAGAAGCUGGCCAAGGUGCUGAAGAACAAAAACAAUCUCAUUCUGGACUUCAAGGAGAACGAAAAGAUCUCCCGCGAUCUGCCGCAGCUGUCGGACACGGAAAACACUUCUCCGGCCAUUGUGGCCCGUCGGAAUGCCAACUCGGCGUUCAUCGAGGAGAGCUACGACAUUCCACGCUCCCACCAGCUGCCGUACUACAAUAUGAGCCAGCUGGGCGAGCGACCCGUGACCAGUCCGCACAACUCCAAUCCGAUUGCAGCAUCCACACCGAAUCUCAUGGCAGGCGACUUGGGGGCAGUGGCUGCCGCCCUGACUGCUGGGAAUCCCGGCCAGACUGGCGGUGCGCAGCCAGCUGCCUCGUCGCCGACCACUGCCCGCACUUUGCCACGGCACUGUUACACGAAUGCGGCCCCCACGAAGAUGGAGGGCAAUGUCUUCCGGUACGACUUCAUGGAGCCGGCAGACUGCCCUCCUGUUAAUCGCAAGCUGAAGCCGAAGGUGUCGGGCGGACUGCCUGCCGUGGAGGACAAGCCGCCGGAGGAGUUUCCGGCCAAGCCCCCGGUGGGCGUGGAGCACGUGACCAGUAAGCUGGGAGCAGCCCAGCUUCAGCAGUCGAUCGGUCCACCCAGCGUGGACAGGAAGUGUAAACCGAACGCCUAUAAGCUGGGGACCUCGGCCACCAUGUCGCCGGCAACGCGUCGCUCCUCGGGAGCCCCCCUCUCAAUGGUGCUGCCGCAUGAAACGGACGUCCAUUCGUCGGCAGCAGCCUCCUUCUUCCACCAGACCAGCACCAUGCCCCGCCAGCAGCAGCGCCAGCAUCCCAACAGCCCCGGCAGCAUGUCGGUGCAGCACCAGCGCACCGCCUCGGCGGCGGCUGCCAUGAUGAGCUUGGCGGGACCGGCUGCUCCCAAGCAACAGCCGCCGGCGCAGGCGGAGCACAAGCUGCAGUACUUUGACCUGGAUGUCACCAACAAGCCGCCGCUGCUGAAUCGCUCCAGCAUGAGCGUGGGCAACCUCUACUCGCAGGGCGGAAACGGGGCCAGUGGCAUGCGGCUGGCGGGCGUGGAUGCGGGUGGAGCCCGGGCUCCAGUGCCCAGCAGCGUGGUCUACAACUCCGUGGACUUUGUCAAGACGGAGGCGUUCAAGCGGAUCCGCGAGGAGCGCAUCAAGGAGAGCAACGAGAGCAGCGGCAACAAGUAGGCCUGCUGCUUGGUCCUCAGAUUGGAUCCAUCACUCAAAUGACAACGUGCAAUAACCAAGGACCGCGUUGCUGUUCCGAAAUUUCGUAGUGCCUAUCCGGGGGCCAGCUAAGGAUGGAUAACUGGCCCCCAAAAUCAGUGCAAAUUCCGAGUGGCUCUUACAUUCGUUUAUAUCGUUUUUAUCGUCGAACUCACCACCCUUUUAACCACAUAUCUAGUUUUUAAGCGAGCACCAGCACUUUUGGGUGCUGCUAUGAAUCUGCAAUCCAUAUCUAACCUGCGUCGUUUUAUUCGUAUUUAAAUCGUGCUUCCACACUUCCAUGUUUAUUGUUAAGCUUCGGAAUCAAAACGCAACCAUGACAAACGAUCUUAGUGCUAAUUUUACAAUGCAACAAUUAUUUUAUAUACGCAAGCGAAAUAUUUAUAUACACGAAUUUUAUAUGGUAACAAUUAUUUACAAUUGAUAAAUGUAACACGUGUGCGACACAAGCUGUAGCUUGAUUUUGUGCUUUAAAAAAUAUAUAUACAAUAAUACCAAA